GUGGAUGGGACUUUUUGGCCAUCGCUCAAUGAAGCGGACCAUGCUAUUUGGUAAUGCGCCGUGGCUCCAUAUGUUCAGCCUUCAGUCCAAGAUCCGCCAGUCUGACCGCGAUCAGCAGAAGUGGUCCAGUGAGGGGAACACUAAAGUGAAGCAG